AUGCGGCAAGAUCUGAGCCAAGGAUCUGGCCGAGCGGCCUGGUCGGGAUCCGUCUCCCCUCGGGCCUUCCGGCCCUGCUCCGCCCCAGCAUGUCGCUCGAGAUUGGCAAGCGCACCCUCGCUGGAACUGUCCCCGCGCCGUCCCGGCCGGCCGUCGCCGCCGCACGCGCCGCCGGCCCGCCACCACCGCUACUGCGGCCCACCGCAGUCAGCCCAGGCCGACCUGGGUGGAUCUCGGAUCCCCGAGCCGCCGCGCUCUCUUUGGCAACGCCGCCGCUCCGCAAGCUGUGACCCCGCCGACCUCCGGCCCAACCUGGCGCCGCUCGUCCCCGUCGUCCUCCCGCAGUCACUCAGGGCACGCCAGCUGCCCGUCCCGCCGCUGAGGUCACCUGCGGCCGCCCAGACCCUUGCGGCCGAGGUCGGGGUCGCUCGGCUUCCAAGCAGCCGCCGGGCCGCGCAGCAACACGGGUUUCCACCGCCUUCGUCCUCGGCCCCCUCCGCCGCCGGUUCGUCGCCACCUCGCGCACCUCCUCGGCGCGCCGCCCGCGCCGACGGGAACGCCCAUGGAACCCGAGCGCAAUUGCGACGAUUGGAUCUCCUAAGCCGCCGCGCCCGAACCGCCGCACCGCGCCGCCGCACAAGCACUUGGCCUCCGGACGCCUCCGACGUGCCGCACCCUCUAUCCCCGGCAGGAGCGCCCCAGCCGUCCGGCCGGCCGGCCAGGGCCAACCCUACUCCCUGCACUCCCGUAUGCUACUCUGCUCUGUCCUCGUCCCCGCGACUGUUUAGUUCCUAG